GUCUGUGCCUACGUUGUACGUGGAUGAGGGCCGACUCAUGCAUCUCCGGCCGCGCUCGGCUGUUUCCGCCCGGGGGAGAGGGAGCCCCUCCCCUCUCCAUUCCUGCGUUGUUUGGGGACAGAGGGAAGAUGGCGGCGGCCCCGCUGUACUGUGUCUGCCGGCAGCCCUACGAUGUGAGCCGCUUCAUGAUCGAGUGCGACAUCUGUAAAGACUGGUUCCACGGCAGCUGUGUGCAGGUGGAGGAGCACCAUGCGGUUGACAUCGACGUGUACCACUGUCCCAACUGUGAUGUUGUUAACGGACCCUCCCUGAUGAAGAGACGGACCAACUGGCACCGGCACGACUACACGGAGCCCGACGACGGCAGCAAGCCGGUGCAGGCUGGCACGGCCGUGUUCAUCUCCCAGCUGCAGAACAGAAGCUUCGCCAGCGGGGAGGAGGUCCUGGUGAGGAUGCAGGGGGAGUCGGUGACCCCCCGCUACCUGGAGAAGCACGGCUUCAGUCAGCCCAUCGCCGUCACGGAGAUGGAGGGGCUGGGGCUCCGGCUGCCCCCCCCCAGCUUCUCCGUCAGGGACGUGGAGCAGUACGUGGGGGGCAACAAGGUGAUCGACGUGAUCGACGUGGCGCGGCAGGCGGACAGCAAGAUGAAGCUCAGCGAGUUCAUCAAGUAUUACACCGGCGACCAGCGGCCCAAAGUCCUGAACCUCAUCAGCCUGGAGUUCUCCGACACCCGGAUGUCUGAGCUGGUGGUGGUCCCGGACGUGGCCCAGCAGAUGUCCUGGGUGGAGAACUACUGGCCUGACGACUCGUUCUUCCCCAAGCCCUUCGUGCAGAAGUACUGCCUGAUGGGAGUGAAGGGCUGCUACACGGACUUCCACAUCGACUUCGGGGGCACCUCCGUGUGGUACCACGUGCUCUGGGGGGAGAAGAUCUUCUACCUGAUCCCGCCCACUGUGGCCAACCUCGCACUGUACGAGGCGUGGAGCUCCUCGACCAAUCAGAGUGAGGUGUUCUUUGGGGACAAAGUGGACAAGUGCUACAAGUGUGUGGUUCCCCAGGGGACCACCCUCCUCAUCCCCACAGGAUGGAUCCAUGCUGUUCUUACCUCUCAAGACUGUAUGGCCUUCGGAGGCAACUUCCUCCACAACCUCAAUAUCGGCAUGCAGCUCAGGUGUUAUGAGAUGGAGAGGCGUCUCAAAACCCCCGACCUCUUCAAGUUCCCCUACUUCGAGGCCAUCUGCUGGUACGUCGCCAAGAACCUACUGGAGACGCUGAAAGAGCUUCGAGAGGACAGCCGCCCCCCCCAAACCUACCUGGUGGAGGGGGUGAAAGCCCUGAUCGGGGCCCUGAAGACCUGGCUCAAGAGAGAGGUGACGGAGCCCACCAGCGAGGUGCCGGACCACAUCAGGCCGAACCACCUCAUCAAAGAGCUGACCAAAGAAGUCCGCUACCUGGAGGAGGAGCCCGGGGGCGUGGCCGUGAAGCCGGCGAAGCCCCUGGUGGGCGUGGUCGCGGCGACCGCGCCGGCGGUGGUGGCGGCGGCGGCGGGCGGCGCGGCCGGCUCCGGCGGGGGUCCGGGGGCGGGCGGGGGGUCCCCGGCGGGACGCUCGCCCCUGGAGAGGCUGUGCCAGGCGAGGCGCGCCCGGCGGGCCGCCCGCAAGCUGAGGGAGCAGCAGAGGCUCGCCCCCAAGGCCUCGUCCAACCUGGACGUCCUGGAGAGGCACACCCGCGAGGUGCUGAGGAGGCUGGAGGUGGGGCCCCUGGAGGAGGACCCGGCCUUCUGCUCCACGGUCCACGGGAAGCUGAACAAGGUGUCCACGGCCUCGGCCGCUGCGCUCGAGUUCCUGGAGGACAACCACCUGAGGCUCACUCUGGUGAACGGACGCAUCAUCCGGGACGUGCGGCGGCUGAGCGCGGGCGGCAGUCCCAUCAAGGCGGAGCAGGGGAGUCCCUCGGAGGCUUGGCAGGGGCCCCAGAGCGCCGGAGGCCCGGCCAAGGACCAGAGACCCCAGGGGGGCCGCCCGGAGCCUCACAGCCCAGGAGAGAAGAGGUUUUGUGAUCCGUCCGCGGGGGCGGAGCCAAGGGGCCUGGUGGCGCUCGGGGGCGGGGCCUCGGAACAUUCCAGCGGCCGAUCGGACGGCGACUCGGACAGCGACUCCCCACCCCAGCAGAAAGCAUUAUCCUCGUCUUCGUCAUCUCGUUCCUCGUCGUCGUCGUCCUCCUCCUCCUCCUCGUCUUCCUCCUCUUCGUCUUCCUCCUCUUCGUCCUCCUCUGAGGAGGAGGACUCGGGAUCCCUGGAGGGGGGGGGCCAGCAGGGCUCAGGGCACACCAUCGAGCUGGACCCCCAUGGCGUCCAGACACUCAGGAACAAACACAGACCACUCAAACGAGAACGUCCUACCUCACCCAGCACAGCAGAGGCCAUCCAGGGCAUGCUGUCCAUGGCCGGCCUCCUGUGCCCCUCGGACCCCCAGAAGGAGGCCCCCGGGCCCCCGGAGCCCUGGUGGUCCGGGCCCGAGGGCCCCCCCAUGCCGACGCCGGCGGGGGGGCCGCCGCACCUCCACCCUCGUCUCCACGGCGACGCGAAGAGCCCCAUGGACAGCCAGGGGAACAGCAGCAGCGAGGCCUGGGACCACCGAGGUCCGGAGACGGACACCUACCAGUACUGUGACCCCUCCAUGUCCCCCCCGCUGCACCCCUCCAAGAGGCCCGCCCCCAACCCCCCGCCCAUCAGCAACCAGGCCACCAAAGGCAAGCGGCCGAAGAAGGGCAUGGCGACGGCCAAGCAGCGCCUCAGCAAGAUCCUGAAGAUCAGCCGGCACAGCCGCGUCUUUGUGUAGCGCCGGGGGGCCCGGGCCCCGGGGCCCGGCCCAGCGUGUGUGAGGGUGUUGACGGUGUGAAUGAGCGGGACGGUGUGGCUCCCAAGCAGACGGGCCCGGGGUCUCGGUUUGUGCGUUUUGGUACCCCGGAGUCGUACGUCGUGCAGUGGAAGCGAAAUCUUAAAGAACACAAAGAAA